AUGAUUGACACAGGCCCCUUUGCACAAGUGCAGUGGAGCAAAACCCCUUCCCACAACAGAAGACAAAUCGGUGGAAACACUACCACUGUACCCACUCGCCGUCGUCGAGACUCGUCAAUCACGAUUGCGGGGGAUGAAGACGCGCCGGCCGGGAGCACGAGCAGCCAUCGUCUCUCCCGCACAGGGGCUCUUCAGCCCGCUCCGCAACCCAUGACUUGA